CCUCAGCCACGCCGAGGCUUUGUGUGGAGUCUGUUUCGACGCCAGGACCCACGAAGACACGAUGAUGCUGGGCGCGGAAGGCGGAGAGGGCUUCGUGGUGAAGGUCCGGGGCUUGCCCUGGUCCUGCUCCGCGGACGAAGUGCAGUGCUUUUUUUCUGACUGCAAAAUUCAAAAUGGGGCCCAAGGUAUUCGUUUCAUCUACACCAGAGAAGGCAGACCAAGUGGAGAGGCUUUUGUUGAACUUGAAUCAGAAGAUGAAGUCAAAUUGGCCUUGAAAAAAGACAGAGAAACUAUGGGACACAGAUAUGUUGAAGUAUUCAAGUCAAACAACGUUGAAAUGGAUUGGGUGUUGAAGCAUACUGGUCCAAAUAGUCCUGACACAGCCAAUGAUGGCUUUGUACGGCUUAGAGGACUCCCUUUUGGAUGUAGCAAGGAAGAAAUUGUUCAGUUUUUCUCAGGGUUGGAAAUCGUGCCAAAUGGGAUAACAUUGCCGGUGGACUUCCAGGGGAGGAGUACGGGGGAGGCCUUCGUGCAGUUUGCUUCACAGGAAAUAGCUGAAAAGGCUCUAAAGAAACACAAGGAAAGAAUAGGGCACAGGUAUAUUGAAAUAUUUAAGAGCAGUCGAGCUGAAGUUAGAACUCAUUAUGAUCCACCACGAAAACUUAGGGCCAUGCAGCGGCCAGGUCCCUAUGACAGACCUGGGGCUGGCAGAGGGUAUAACAGCAUUGGCAGAGGAGCUGGUUUUGAGAGGAUGAGGCGUGGUGCUUAUGGUGGAGGCUAUGGAGGCUAUGAUGAUUACAAUGGCUAUAAUGAUGGCUAUGGAUUUGGUUCGGAUAGAUUUGGAAGAGACCUCAAUUAUUGUUUUUCAGGAAUGUCUGACCACAGAUAUGGGGAUGGUGGCUCUACUUUCCAGAGUACAACAGGACACUGUGUACGCAUGCGGGGAUUACCAUACAGAGCUACUGAGAAUGACAUUUAUAAUUUUUUUUCACCACUCAAUCCUGUGAGAGUACAUAUUGAGAUUGGACCUGAUGGCAGAGUAACUGGUGAAGCAGAUGUCGAGUUUGCGACCCAUGAAGAUGCUGUUGCAGCUGUGUCAAAAGAUAAAGCAAAUAUGCAACACAGAUAUGUAGAACUCUUCUUGAAUUCUACAGCAGGAGCAAGCGGUGGUGCUUACGGUAGCCAAAUGCUAGGAGGCAUGGGUUUGUCAAACCAGUCCAGUUACGGUGGCCCAGCCAGCCAGCAGCUGAGUGGUGGUUAUGGAGGUGGCUACGGCAGCCAGAGCAGCAUGAGUGGAUAUGGUAGCCAAGGAGCAGUGAACAGCAGCUACUACAGUAGCGGAAGCCGUGCAUCUAUGGGCGUGAAUGGAAUGGGAGGGAUGUCUAGCAUGUCCAGUAUGAGUGGUGGAUGGGGAAUGUAAUUGAUUUUGAUCACUGACUCUUGGUCAUUUUUUUUUUUUAAACUUCAGUUUAACAGUUUUGCAAUCUAGCCUUGUGAUUGAUGCCUCCUCUUAAGUGAACAUUGGCAUUACUCAAAGGACUACAGUUCAAUGUUGAACAUAGUCACCUAGGAUGAUACAGUGAAGUUGAGUGAACUGUAACUGUUAAACAAUUCCCAGCUUUUCUCUAGUUACUGUAGGAUGUACGUAAGCAGUAAGCGUAUUUAGGUUAAAGCAGUUGAAUUAUGUUAAAUGUUGCUCUUAUACAUACAUUACAUUGAACACUGUUGGUGCAUGUUGAAAAGACAUGCUUUUUUGUAAAACUCAAUAUAGGAGCUGCGUCUACAAUUAAAGUGAAACAUUUGGCAUGUUUGUUCUAAUUUCAUUUGAUAAACCUGUAAGGCACGUGAGUUUAAAGCUUUUUCCCCCCCCCUUUUUUUUUUAAGUUAAUGGAGUAAUUUUGAGACGCAAUAUCAUUUACUUUAGGAUUUUUGGUCUUGGUGUUUGUAUGAAAUUCUGAGGCCUUGAUUUAAGUCUUUCAUUGUAUUGUGAUUUCCUUUUAGGUGUAUUGCGCUAAGUGAACCUUGUCAAAUAAAUCUU